CGCCAGUGAAAAUUCAACCUCAGUCACAGUCGAGCAUCGAAUCGCAAGAUUCGGUGACUUACGACGGUACCCAUUCAACGACACCCUGUCCACCAAGUUACUCGCCGGCGAGUCAAAGGAGUCGAUUAUCUCAACCAAAUCUUCCAACAUUAUUGAUAUCUUAUGAGCGUAGAUCUGGUGGUGGUUCACCCGAUCGUCGUAUAAGAAUGUCACAGCCGACAUUAAACUCAAGUUUCAGCGGGAUCAAUUUCUUUGGUAUGAACCGUGGUACCCGUUUAUCGUACACCAGUUUGAGAGCACCGUCAGGUGACAAUAGUAUCAAUGAGGAGGAAAGACUUUCAACACCUAACGUCCAUCGGCUUGGUGGUAGUGCCGGUGAGAACAUAUCAUCGGUUGAUCAUCAUGGUUCAAGAUUUUCUCAGCCAGAUAUAAGACGUUACACUCUUCGUCAGGAUCCAACUAAACGGGAAAGAUUAUCGCAGCCUACCCUUGUAUCCGGUGAUUAUUAUCCAAUACGCGGACAUGGACAACAGAGAUUAUCGCAACCGUGUUUGUCCACAAUCAGAGAUUCCGGUAUACCAACGAUGAUUUUACAAUCCCCAUCGCCACCUCCCAUCAAACACAAAAGAUUUUCACCAAUUUCUGCUGCCAGUCAUAGGGAUCGUCUAUCUCAAUUAGAUAUUGGUGGGAAAUAUAGAAAUUGGAAGGAUUUAUCCAACUCUACGGUUAAAUUCAAUCGCGAUAGAUUCUCCAUACCCGAAUUGGAAACUAAAAAUGAUCUCAAAUUGAUGGCCGGUACGCCUAAACAAAGAUUCAGUCUUGAUAGUCAACUGACUCGUAAUCAGGAUAGUGGAAGAUCAAGAUUAUUACCAAUAGCUAGCUCUCCGAUUUCUGAACAUCAACAGAACAAACUCGAAGAGAUAACCAGCACGGUAAGUGUUGGGCCAAAUAAACUGAAGACUCCUACACGUGAAUGUUUGGAAAGUAUUAUUGUAGCUAGCACGACGCCUAUCUUGCCACCAGGUGAAAGAAAAUUACUUGACUCAACAAUAGCUUUAAAAGGUAUCUCUCCAAUUUAUGUUCCACCAAUACCACCUGGAACAAUAUCAACGUCUACGACAACUGCAACAAAUUUAACAACAACUGCUACAGUAACUACAAUGAAAGGUACUACUGUUUUACCUCCUAGAGAAAGAAUGUCUGUACCAGAAAUAAGAAAUUCGAGCUUACGUCGUUUGUUGGAUCCACCAACGAGACAGAGACACAGUAUAACAGGUAAUCUGAGACAAUGUUUACUUUCACCUAGCAAAGUCCAUGACAUAACAAGGAAACCCUACAAAUUUUCCAUCGAAGAAGCUUUAGAAAAAUUAAAGAAAGAAAAAGAUAAAGAAAAAGACAAAACUAAAAGCAAUAAUAAGGAAGAUAAUAAAGAAAAAGAAAAUAUUAUAACUAACGAGCCAGACUUUGAUACAUUUCAACCCCCGAAACACAUUCAACGUCAUUAUUCUUAUACAUAUGACAUCAAAGAUGAAAGUAGUUCGAUUGGUAAGAUAUCAGUGAGUAGUAUACCAAAGAAAAAAUUUUUAGAGAGUAACUUUGAUGAGAACGAACAAGUGAUUACAACCGUUAUAGAAACAGAUGUACCAAUUAUACUGGGCACUCCUAAAUACUUCAAAAGAAUGCAAAGUUACUCUAGCGAAACGCCAAAAUGGAUCAGAAAGUAUUUAGACAGUGACGGACCUAAAUUUGGUAAGAAAGGUACCACAGGUACUACCGGUACCAACAAGGAAAGCUCGAAAUCUAGCAGGAAAGGUAGCAGAAGAAAAAGUUCUUUAGAAUCGAUAGAAGCUGAAAAAAAACCAGAGAAUAAGACUCGAUCUAAAUCUGUAAGUAGUGGUGAAAGAAGUCCGAUGACAAAGAACACAGGUAUCAGUCAAGAAUUCAUGAACAAUAUUAAAAACACUUACGUUAGGAUCGUGCCAACCAGCAAUAUGCAAGAGAACAGAUACGAAAUAGCUGUAGGGUCUAGUUGGACUCAAGAUAAUAACAAUCGUGGACCGUAUAGUGGUGUUGGUGGUGAUGAUACCGAUUCGGAUGAUUCUACCUCUAUUUAAAUAUGCCAAAAAUAUAAUUAUUUUUCCAAAUUACGUCAAUUGGCAUUAGAAUGACUUGACAAAGAAUCUCAGCAUUGUAUCGCUUGUAUCUCACGGCUACGCUAUAUAUAUAUAUAAUAUAUUAUAUAUUGUAUAUUAUAUAUUAAACUGUAUAUUAUAUCAUAUAUCGUGUGUCAGGUCGCAGACAAUUAUACAUAUAUUAUUACGUUUCUGAAUGUUGAAUUUGUUGAAGAAAAAAUGAUACUAGGAUACCAAGUGACACUGAUCGGGUCGGUAGUUUAACUUUUGUUACAUUAUUUUUUUCUUUCUUUAUUUUCUCGGAGAUUUUUCUCCUUGUUACGAUGAAAUUAUUCAAUUUUUUUUAAAGGGAAAAAUUAAUAAGUGAAGUAUACUACCGUAUGUCAUUUUUGAUUGAAUUUUGUACUUAAAUCGUAUCUUCAACGCAUGAUUUAAUAAAGGUAAUAAAGAAGCAUUAAUUCACAAUGUAUGAUUAAUUAUUGAAUAACGAGUCAAUAUGAUAUUAAUGAUAAAAUAAAAAUGAUAUCAAACAUUGUACAUAUAUCAUUGUUUCAAAAAUUAAAUUAUUCUUUAGAUAUUUAUAAAAGUAUAGAAGAUUACUCAUUCAAUGCUUUUAUAUCUUUAUUUCUUUAAUGAAUUAAAUGACACAAUUUAUAUACGCGCACACAUAUACAUAUAUAUUUUUCCUUUCUUUUAUACUAAUAGAAUUGUCAUUGUUUUAUUGAUGCUUCAUCAUUACAAUCCGUCUUUAUUAACGAUAAAGAUCGAAUACAAAUGAAAUCGAUGGUUCCUUGUAUUAAUAUAGCUGAAUUAUUUUUUAACUGAUACUAGUCACCCUAAUGAACAAAUCCAACCGUUAUUAAAUAACUCUUUUUUUAUCUCAAUCGAUUACCACGAGAUGCUUUCCAAUUCGAUAUAUUAGAAAUAUUUGAGAAAUACUAUUUAUAUAUUAAUUUAUAUAUAUAACGAAUGCCAAAAAAAUAUAUGAAUGUAAAUAAAAUAUUUCAGAUAUAUGAAGAAAGAUUUAGAAAUUUAAUUAAUUCAACAAUAAUUUCUUUUAAUAUUAACGAAGUUAUAAAUAAUAUUUGAAUAAAUUGUUUUAGUUGUAAUUUUAUAUAUAUAUAUAUUAUAUUAUUUUUUCUGUUCUAUAUUUUUCUCGAUAUAUUAUUUGAAUAAAAUUCAAACUAUUGUUUCAUGUUACUCUCUCGCAUUAUAAUACUUAUGUUAUAUUAAAUAUUAUUUUAUAACAAAAUAGGAGAAACAAAAUGAAGGAGAAGAAAGAUGUUUGAGCUUUCAAGACUAUAAGAUAACGUAGAUAUUAAAUGUUGUGUAACGUGGAAUAAUAAAUGUUACUGUUGUCAAUAAAAUAUGUUUAUUACCUA